UGAACUUCCGGUUGUCGAAAGCAGUUGUCUGUAGUGCUCUUAUAUAUGCCACUAAACUCACCAGAAAUGCCUUUUGAAGCCUUUGUCAGAAGUUACUGGUGAUUCCGACCAGGAUGUUGAUUAUAUUCGGACUGCUCCCCCUACUACUGCGUCUGGUUAUUAACUCAAGGGGUGUACAAUCACAGAGUGUCACGUGUCAGCAUGGGUGGACGGGUUAUGGAAACCACUGUUACUGGUCAGUUCCAGGCCUAAAAAAAUCAUGGGAAGAUGCUCAGAAUGAUUGUCGGAGCCAAGACAGCAACCUCGUCAAAACAGAAACCGCAGACGAAUACUCGUGGUUGACAGGUUUCGUAACAUUAUCAGAUUAUCCUUGGAUUGGAGCAUAUGACCGCAAUAAAAAAGGUGACUGGAGAUGGAUUUCGGACAACUCUACAUUAACAUUCUCAAAUUGGGGUCCUAGUGAACCUAAUGGUCCUGGUACCGAAAAUUGUGUGCAUAUGUAUGUAGCAGCUAUAUGGAAUGACAACGCCUGUACCGAUUUACAGGGAUUCAUAUGCGAGAAAGAAGGUAAGAUUUGAUCCGGUAUCAUUUACAUGCAAGAAAAAAUAAAUUUACAACAAUUGAUUAAUCUGAUACGUAAUAAAAUAUCUACAAUGUAAAUAUUAUGCUGUAAAUAUUUCAUUUUAAUUUAUCUA